CAGGCCUAGAGGCGGUCUCGCGGGUUGAAAGAAUGAAGUCGCUCAGCAAUCACCCUGAUCGAGGGGGCUUUGAAGCGUAUCUGGCACCACAGCACAGGACGUUCCUCACAGGGCGAGCACGAUCUCCCACUCCCUAUCAAUUGAUGUUGAAGUCGAAGCCGAGGGACUCUGAAAAGGCAAACGACGCUGUCAAGGAGUUCGGAAAAGCAGUAAAGUGUAUUAGAAAUACCAUACAAUGAUUGCUGU